CCGGGACGCGGCUGCGCUCAGUUCUCUCCUCUCGGAAGCUGCAGCCAUGAUGGAAGUUUGAGAGUUGAGCCGCUGUGAGGCGAGGCCGGGCUCAGGCGAAGGAGAUGAGAGACGGCGGCGGCCGCGGCCCAGAGCCCCUCUCAGCGCCUGUAAGCAGCCGCGGGGGCAGCGCCCUCGGGGAGCCGGCCGGCCGGCGGCGGCGGCAGCGGCGGCGUUUCUCGCCUCCUCUUCGUCUUCUUUUCUAACCGUGCAGCCUCUUCCUCGGCUUCUCCUGAAAGGGAAGGUGGAAGCUGUGGACUCGGGCGGGAGCCGGCUGAGGCGCGGCGGCUGCACCUCCCGCUCCUGGAGCGGGGGGGAGAAGCGGCGGCGGCGGCGGCGGCUGCAGCUCCGGGGAGGGGGUCGGAGUCGCCUGUCACCAUUUCCAGGGCUGGGAACGCCGGAGAGUUGGUCUCUCCCCUUCUACUGCCUCCAACACGGCGGCGGCGGCGGCGGCACAUCCAGGGACCCGGGCCGGUUUUAAACCUCCCCUCCGCCGCCGCCGCACCCCUCCUGGCCCGGGCUCCGGAGGCCGCCGGAGGAGGCAGCCGUUCCGAGGAUUAUUCUUCUCCCCAUUCCGCUGCCGCCGCUGCCAGACCUCUGGCUGCUGAGGAGAAGCAGGCCCAGUCGCUGCAACCAUCCAGCAGCCGCCGCAGCAGCCAUUACCCGGCUUCUGUCCAGAACCAAGCGGCAGCAGAGCGAGGGGCAUCAGCCACCGCCAAGUCCAGAGCCAUUUCCAUCCUGCAGAAGAAGCCCCGCCACCAGCAGCUUCUGCCAUCUCUCUCCUCCUUUUUCUUCAGCCACAGGCUCCCAGACAUGACAGCCAUCAUCAAAGAGAUCGUUAGCAGAAACAAAAGGAGAUAUCAAGAGGAUGGAUUCGACUUAGACUUGACCUAUAUUUAUCCAAACAUUAUUGCUAUGGGGUUUCCUGCAGAAAGACUUGAAGGCGUAUACAGGAACAAUAUUGAUGAUGUAGUAAGGUUUUUGGAUUCAAAGCAUAAAAACCAUUACAAGAUAUACAAUCUAUGUGCUGAAAGACAUUAUGAUACCGCCAAAUUUAACUGCAGAGUUGCACAGUAUCCUUUCGAAGACCAUAAUCCACCACAGCUAGAACUUAUCAAACCCUUUUGUGAAGAUCUUGACCAAUGGCUAAGUGAAGAUGACAAUCAUGUAGCAGCAAUUCACUGUAAAGCUGGAAAGGGACGAACUGGUGUAAUGAUUUGCGCAUAUUUGUUACAUCGGGGCAAAUUUUUAAAGGCACAAGAGGCCCUAGAUUUCUAUGGGGAAGUAAGGACCAGAGACAAAAAGGGAGUAACUAUUCCCAGUCAGAGGCGCUAUGUAUAUUAUUAUAGCUACCUGUUAAAGAAUCAUCUGGAUUAUAGACCAGUGGCAUUGUUGUUUCACAAGAUGAUGUUUGAAACUAUUCCAAUGUUCAGUGGCGGAACUUGCAAUCCUCAGUUUGUGGUCUGCCAGCUAAAGGUGAAGAUAUAUUCCUCCAAUUCAGGACCCACACGACGGGAAGACAAGUUCAUGUACUUUGAGUUCCCUCAGCCGUUGCCUGUGUGUGGUGACAUCAAAGUAGAGUUCUUCCACAAACAGAACAAGAUGCUAAAAAAGGACAAAAUGUUUCACUUUUGGGUAAAUACAUUCUUCAUACCAGGACCAGAGGAAACCUCAGAAAAAGUAGAAAAUGGAAGUCUAUGUGAUCAAGAAAUUGACAGUAUUUGCAGUAUAGAGCGUGCAGAUAAUGACAAGGAAUAUCUAGUACUCACUUUAACAAAAAAUGAUCUCGACAAAGCAAAUAAAGACAAGGCCAACCGAUACUUUUCUCCAAAUUUUAAGGUGAAGCUGUACUUCACAAAAACAGUAGAGGAGCCAUCAAAUCCAGAGGCUAGCAGUUCAACUUCUGUAACACCAGAUGUUAGUGACAAUGAACCUGAUCAUUAUAGAUAUUCUGACACCACUGACUCUGAUCCAGAGAAUGAACCUUUUGAUGAAGAUCAGCAUACACAAAUUACAAAAGUCUGAUUUUUUUUUUUUUAUCAAGAGGGAUAAAACACCAUGAAAACAAACUUGAAUAAACUGAAAAUGGACCUUUUUUUUUAAUGGCAAUAGGACAUUGUGUCAGAUUACCAGUUAUAGGAACAAUUCUCUUUUCCUGACCAAUCUUGUUUUACCCUAUACAUCCACAGGGUUUUGACACUUGUUGUCCAGUUGAAAAAAGGUUGUGUAGCUGUGUCAUGUAUAUACCUUUUUGUGUCAAAAGGACAUUUAAAAUUCAAUUAGGAUAAAUAAAGAUGGCACUUUCCCAUUUUAUUCCAGUUUUAUAAAAAGUGGAGACAGACUGAUGUGUAUACGUAGGAAUUUCUCAUUUUGUGUUCUGUCACCAACUGAAGUGUCUAAAGAACUUUGUGAUAUACAGGUUCACAUCCUACCCCUUUGCACUUGUGGCAACAGAUAAGUUUGCAGUUGGCUAAGAGGAGUUUCUAAAGGGUUUUGCUACAUUCUAAUGCAUGUAUUCGGGUUAGGGGAAUGGAAGGAAUGCUCAGAAAGGAAUAUGUUUUAUGCUGGACUCUGGACCAUAUACCAUCUCCAGCUAUUUACACGCACCUUUCUUUAGCAUGCUACAGUUGUUAAUCUGGACAUUUGAGGAAUUGGCCGCUGUCACUGCUUGUUAUUUGUGCAUUUUAUUUUUUUUAAGCAUAUUGGUGCUAGAAAAGGCAGCUAGAGGGAGUGAAUCUGUAUUGGGGUACAGGAAUGAACCUUCCACAACAUCUUAAGAAUCCACAAAUGAAGGGAUAUAAAAAUAAUGUGGUCAUAGAUAAGAAACACAGCAACAAUGACUUAACCAUAUAAAUGUGGAGGCUAUCGACAAAGAAUGGGCUUGAAACAUUAUAAAAAUUGACAAUGAUUUAUUAAAUAUGUUUUCUCAGUUGUAAUGCCUGCUCCAUCUCCUGUGUAAUCAAGGCCAGUGCUAAACGUCAGAUGCUAUUAUUGCCGACAUCAGUCAACAACGUACAUUUAUUUUAUUAGUUUUCAAUCGUAUACCUGCUGUGGAUGCUUCAUGUGCUGCCUAAAAGCUUCUUUUUUCUCAUUAAAUAUAAAAUGUUUUGUAAUGCUGCACAGGAAAUUUCAAUUUGAGAUUCUACAGUAAGCGGUUUUUUUUUCCUUUAAAGAUUUAUGAUGCACUUAUUCAAUCCAAUAGAUGUCAGCCGUUGCACCCUUUUGACCUUACACAUUCAUUACAAUGAGUUUUGCAGUUUUGCACAUUUUUUAAAUGUCAUUAACUGUUAGGGAAUUUUACUUGAAUACUGAAUACAUAUAAUGUUUAUAUUUAAAAGGACGUUAUUUGUGUUAAAAAGGAAAUUAGAGUUGCAGUAAAUUUUCAACACUGCACAAAUAAUGUCAUUUACUUUUUCAGUAGAAAUUGUCCCACAUAAUGCUUUUAUCAAUUUGCUAUUGAAAGAAUAGAUUUUUUUUUAAUGUGCAGUGUUGAAUCAUUUCUUCAUAGUGCUAGAGUUAGGACUAGGGCUUCAAUUUCACUUCUUAAAUAUCAUGUAUUUGAUAUGCCCAGACUGCAUACGAUUUUAAGCAGAGUACAACUACUAUUGUAAAGUUAAUGUGAAGAUAUGAUUAAAAAGAAUUUUUUCCCCCAGAAAUUUGGUAUCUUUCAAAUUAUACCUUGACCUUGAAACAUUUGACCAUCCAGCCAAUUUAUUUCUUAAUGGUGUAAAAUCUCAUUUUCAAUAACUUAUUGGUGCUGAAAUUGUUCACUAGCUGUGGUCUGACCUAGUUAAUUUACAAAUACAGAUUGCAUAGGACCUACUAGAGCAGCAUUUAUAGAGUUUGAUGGUAAAUAGAUUAGGCAGAACUUCAUCUAAAAUAUUCUCAGUAAAUAAUCUUGAUAUGUUUUCCAUACCUCGUCAGUUUCACUCAACAAAUAAAAUUUUAAAAUUUUUAACAAAGCUGUUAGGAUUUACACAUUUAUAUUUAAACAUUGAUAUAUAGAGAAUUGAUUGACUGCUCAUAAGUUAAAUUGGUAAAGUUAGAGACACCUAUUCCUAAGAUCUCAUCAUUGAAAUUUAUAUGUCACCUUGUCUUUCAUAAAAGCUGAAAACUGUUGACUAAAAUGAAAAUCAACUAUUCAUGUUUUGAAGAUGAUUAUUAAUACUGUUAUUUGUUACAGUUUUGGGCACAGUAUAUUAAAGCAUAACUUGUAUGGUUCCAAUAUGUAACAUGGAGGGCCAGGUCAUAAAUAAUGACAUUAUAAUGGGCUUUUGCACUGUUAUUAUUUUUCCUUUGGAAUGUGAAGGUCUGAAUGAGGGUUUUGAUUUUGAAUGUUUCAGUGUUUUUGAGAAGCCUUGCUUACAUUUUAUGGUGUAGUCAUUGGAAAUGGAAAAAUGGCAUUAUAUAUAUUAUAUAUAUAUAAAUAUAUAUUAUACAUACUACUCUCCUUUAUUUCAGUUACCACGCCCAUAGAAUUUGACAAGAAUUGCUAUGACUGAAAGGUUUUUGAGUCCUAAUUAAAACUUUAUUUAUGACAGUAUUCAUGAUUAGCCUGAAAUGCAUUCUGUAGGUAAUCUCUUUGAGUUUCUGGAAUGUUUUCUUAGACUUUUUGGAUGUGCAGCCGCUUACAUGUCUGAAGUUACUUGAAGGCAUCACUUUUAAGAAAGCUUACAAUUGGGCCCUGUACCAUCCCAAGUCCUCUGUAGCUCCUCUUGAACAUUUUUUGCCAUAAUUAUUAAAGGGUAGUUGAAUAAAUAGCAUCACCAUUCUUUGCUGUGGCACAGGUUAUAAACUUAAGUGGAGUUUACCGGCAGCAUCAAAUGUUUCAGCUUUAAAAAAUAAAAGUAGGGUACAAGUUACUGUUUAGUUCUAGAAAAUUUGUGCAAUAUGUUCAUAACGAUGGCUGUGGUUGCCACAAAGUGCCUCGUUUACCUUUAAAUACUGUUAAUGUGUUAUGCAUGCAGAUGGAAGGGGUGGAACUGUGCACUAAAGUGGGGGCUUUAACUGCAGUGUUUGGCAGAGUUGCCUUCUACCCUGCCAGUUCAAAAGUUCAAUCUGUUUUCAUAUAGAAUAUAUAUACUAAAAAAUUUCAGUCUGUUAAACAGCCUUACUCUGAUUCAGCCUCUUCAGAUACUCUUGUGCUGUGCAGCAGUGGCUCUGUGUGUAAAUGCUAUGCACUGAGGAUACACAAAAAAUUACGAUGUGUACAGGAUAAUGCCUCAUACCAAUCAGAUGUCCAUUUGUUAUUGUGUUUGUUAACAACCCUUUAUCUCUUAGUGUUAUAAACUCCACUUAAAACUGAUUAAAGUCUCAUUCUUGUCAUUGUGUGGGUGUUUUAUUAAAUGAGAAUAUUUAAUAUUUAUAAUUGAUUAGAUUUAUUGACAUUUUAAAUGAUGGGCAGCCAAAUGUGAUUAAUAAGUUUUUUGUAGGGUUUUUUUUUUUUCCCCUGCUGUCCUUCAAAGCCUACAGUUAUAUAAAAACAUGGGCUCUUGUCAGUUUGGGAGUAGAGUAUCAGUCUACUCAUGUUUGAGAGAGGCAUUUAGCUUUUUUAGUGUCUUAGUCAACACUUAAUAUACUGUUUCAAGCACAUUAAAUAAUAUGCUAAUCCUAAAAAGUUCACGAGUCUUGAAAAAUUGUGCAUAUAUAUAUAUUUUUACUAAGAUGUCUGAAGAUAAUUCCCCAGAAUGGAUUUGAUAUCUCAGAUUUCAAUUUUGUGGCUUUUCCAUUCUUUAUGAUUCUGUAGUGUGCCAUCAACAUAUGGGGAGCUUCAUCUACUCAUUGUGACUUGUGCCAUUUAAAAAUUGAUAUUCCAGAAUAGUCUAAAGGACUUUGUGUACUUGAACUUAAUCUUGUUAUUUCUAAUAUUCUUAAAAGCUUAAAGACUAAGUAAGGCACAUCCUUUCAACAGAGCAUAGUAAGGUAAUAAGUGAAAGUGUAGCUUGUACAAAUGUUUUGAAGAUAAAGCAGAUCAUUUAUGUAACAAUAGAAUUUAAUGUUAUUUCAAGUUUACAUUUUCUCCAUGUGACUUUUUUUAUAGUAAAUGUGAAUAUAUAAUGUAAAGAAGUAUGAAAAGUAUGUGUGUGUACACACAUUUUUUCUUUUUAGGUAUUGUAAGUAUGGUUGAAAACUAUACUGGAGUUUAAAAUUAUUCUGACUUAUAAGAUGAUCUUGGUGAUGUCUGAAAAAUAGGAAUUUACUGGCAA